AUGGUGACGAAACAGCGGCGGCUACGAUCGGAACAUCAAGAUUACGAUGAAGAAAUAGUAGUUGACGAUGAUGGGUUUUGGAGAUAUGGUCUAAAAGUGAUGAAAGAUGAUCCAGCUGAAAAGCUGGUAAGCUCCUCAGAAAACAGAUGCAGAGAAAGAUCCAUUUCGCAGGCAAGUGUAUCGGAUCUCCUUGAUUUCAUAAGUCUUGAUCAAGAUUCGAGAACUGCAGAGCACAGAGAAAAAGACAUGUUAAGGCAACCUGUCAUUCAAUAUGUUCUUUAUCUCACCUAUGAGGUGUUAUCUGUGAGUGAUAAGCUUCAACAAGGACAAAAUGAUGAUAGACAAAGUGAUGAAUCCUCAACGGGUGAUGACAUGGAUACCAGUCUACCUACAGCUGAAACCGAAAAGUUGAAAACUAAGUCAGAAAUGAUGAUAGACAAAAUGACCGAUCCUCAAUAGGUGAUGACACGGAUACCAGUCUACCUGCAGCUGAAACCGAAAAAGUGGAAACUAAUGGAGUAUUGGUACACAUCCUAGAAACCAAGGUCAUUGAUAGGCUUGCCAGCAAUCCUCCAAUUUCUUAAGAGAUUGUCCAAGAGAUAACUCAGAUAAGCUUAGAUGAACUCUAACAAGAAGCUAAUUCAAGAAGGACGCAAGGCAGCAGUGUAUAAAGGUAUUCCUUUUCCAAUGGUACUGUACCCGAAUUUGUCAAUCAUGGCAGAUCUGAAAUUAGGACUUCAUUGUUUUUAACUUUGAUGCUAUAUGUAAUUCUGUAAUUACAUGAUUGGCCUUUUCUUUUAUAACAAUCA